AUGGAGGGUAGCAGAGACGCUCAGGCGAAAGAACAGGAGUAUGUGCACGACGUGUACAAUGAAAUUGCAGCACAUUUCUCAGAGACAAGAUACAAACCAUGGCCGAUAGUGACGACGUUCUUGCAAGGACGAACUGCUGGUAGUAUUGGCAUUGAUGUCGGGUGUGGGAACGGGAAGUAUCUCGGGAUCAACAAGGAUAUCUAUAUCCUGGGUUCUGAUCGAUCCGAUGGGCUCAUCGGGUGUGCUCACGAGAUAGACUCCGGUUAUAAUGUCCUCGUGGCGGAUGGGAUGAACUUGCCACAUAGAGAUAAUACGUUUGACUUUGCCAUCUCGAUUGCCGUAGUGCACCAUUGGACCACAAGGGAGAGAAGAGUGCAGGCCAUUCGCCAUAUCUUGAGUAAAGUUAAGUCUGGUGGACAGGUGUUGAUAUAUUGCUGGGCUUUGGAACAAGGUGAGUCCAGGAGAGGUUAUCAUGAGGGGAUGAAACAAGAUGUGAUGGUGCCAUGGGUUUUGCAUGAUACAAAGACACAGACUGAACAGAAAAAGAAGAACAAGAAAUCAGGUGGGGAUCAUGAGAAACCGGACUUGACAGGAGUGGAACCUAAGGACAGGGCUGCUUUCGUUGCUAAAUGGAGGAAAGAGAGAGCAGAUCAAAGAGCUGCUGAAGCGGCUCAAGCUUUGGUCGAGCAACAGAAGCAACAGCAGGAGAAGGAUUCUGCCGCAUCAGCAGAACAGGUUACGAAGUAUAGGUUCUACCACUUGUAUAAAGAAGGUGAACUUGAGGAAGAUUGCAUACAAGCUGGCGCUACUGUUGUCAGUAAUGGUUACGAAAGGGACAAUUGGUACGUUGUCGCGGAGAAACAGUAA